AACCGUAAAUAUUGAAAGCUGAUAACCAAUCAGAAAACAAUUCUCCGGUUUUGCUUUCUGUGCCCCUUCUCCGACCCCAGGACGGCACUCUCCACUCCCUCUCUCUUCUAACACAUUUACAGUCACACACAAACAGCAACUCAUCAUUAUCAUUUUCAUAUGUUCACAAACCGUUUUCAUUCACUACUGCCACUCACUCUAAUUCUCUGAAACCCUAACUCACUCACUCCACCAAAUGCCACCGCAACCGCCACCGCAACCGUCCGGCGACGUGCUCCGCCCCGUCGACCGUCGGAUUUGGCGUGCUUGCGCUGGUUCAUCUGUUCAAAUUCCUACUGUUAAUUCAAGGGUUUACUAUUUCCCUCAAGGUCAUCUUGAACAAUCCAAUUCUGUUUCUAAUUCUCUCAUUUCUAUUUCUAAACCGGUAAUCGUUUGUAAAAUCUCAGCCGUUCAGUUUCUUGCCGAUCCUGUUACCGAUGAGGUCUACACCAAACUCCUCCUCUUCCCUGUUGAGCCUUCUGUUGCUGUUUUACAGUAUAAUAAUAACAAUGCUGAUGUUGAGGAUUAUGAAAAUAAUGACGAUGAUAAGAUUGUUGCCUUCGCCAAGAUUUUAACGCCGUCAGAUGCCAAUAACGGUGGUGGGUUUUCUGUUCCGAGAUUCUGUGCUGAUUCAAUUUUUCCGCGGUUAAAUUACCAGGCUGAACCGCCUGUUCAAACCCUAACUGUCACCGAUAUUCACGGAGUUACUUGGGAUUUCAGGCAUAUUUAUCGAGGUACGCCACGUAGGCAUUUGUUAACUACUGGAUGGAGUAAGUUUGUUAAUAACAAAAAGCUAGUUGCUGGGGAUUCUGUUGUUUUUAUGAGAAAUUUGGCGGGAAAGAUGUUCAUUGGAGUGAGAAGAGCUGUGAGGUCGAACAGUGUCAGUGGUGAUUAUGCCAGGUGGCAUGAGGAUAUUGGAUGCUUUGGUGGAACUGGUGUAGAAGGAGAUGUGAAAAUGAAGACGAAGGAUGAGGCGUUUUCGAGGUGCGGGAGAGGGGGAGUGUCUCCUGUGGGUGUAUUGGAGGCGGUGGAGAGGGCAGCGCAGGGGUUGCCAUUUGAAGUUGUAUAUUAUCCCAAGUCAGGGUGGUAUACCGAUUUCGUUGUGAGGGCUGAUGUGGUGGAGAGUUCACUCAGAGUGUUUUGGACAGGUGGGAUGAGAGUCAAGAUGGCAUUGGAAACUGAGGAUUCUUCUAGGAUGACUUGGUUUCAGGGGACAAUUGCUUCAGCUUAUGCGCCCGACUCUGGGCCCUGGCGUGGCUCUCCUUGGCGCAUACUUCAGGUCGCGUGGGAUGAACCCGAAGUUUUGCAGAAUGCAAAGAGAGUUAGCCCCUGGCAAGUUGAAGUUGUUGCACCCACGCCGUCACUCCAUGCUGCUUUCCCUCCGGCAAAGAAAUUCAGAUUUCCUGAGAAUUCAGGAUUUCUGAUGGAUGGAGAGGGAGACCUGUUCUUUCCCAUGGCAGGGUUAACUAAUUCAACAAUGGGAAACAUGAAACAAUCGUUGAAUUAUCAUUCUUUUCCUGCUGGCAUGCAGGGAGCCAGGCAAAUUCCUUUUUAUGGAAUAUCCAACUUCGUUAGUGAGAAUGCUUCUCCAAUGUGCAGCGAUAAAGGUCUUAGCAGCAAGAUGGCACCGAAGUUGAGAACCAUGUCUACUGAGCUAAACAUUGGUAGCUCACAGUCUGACAACUUGUCACCAGAUAGUCAGAGUAGUUUGCCUUCUUGUGGUACAGAACUUGUUCAAAACCCAGGCUGCAGCUCAUCUAAAGUCGGUAUUAGUUCAUUUCAGUUAUUUGGUAAGAUCAUUCAUAUGAACCAGCCUGUUGGCUUUGAGGAUGUUGGCUACAUGGAAGAUUAUGUAAGUAAAGGGUACAAUGCAAGCAAUUCACCAGACCUUGCAAUAACAUCCUCUUACACAGAACUGCUCAAGAGAAUUGAUGUUCAGUGCCAAAGGGCCUCAGCUGUUGAAGCUUGCUUUUUAUGAACUACUAUUGGUGCAACGUCAUGCAGAUAUGUAGCUAUACAGGUACUAUUAAGCAGGCAGGAAGCUGACUUCUUGUUAGACCUCAGCAGUAGUAGCUUAGCUAGUUUGUGUUUGGUUCAGUCAGCAGUGUUUGUACUCGGAUUUGUAAAACAUAGUGUGUUUUUAAGUUGAGUAUUGGAUUUUUGUGUUGCCAUAUACAUAAAUGUUUGAGACUGCUUUGUAUUUGUUUGUUGCUUCAUGAAAUCUACUUUAUUUAAUUUCAAA